AUGAGUGAGCCGUCCUCUAGCACCGGGGCCAACGCAGCCACCGUGACAGCCCCUGCCCGCCCUUCUGGCGGGUAUGGAGCUUCCUUGCACGUCGACACCCCUGCACGAAACUUUGGUAGUUACGGUGGGAGCGGGAGUGUCGGCGGCAUCAGGUCUCCAUGGAUCGCCACCGGCGAACUAGGUAGCCCGCUCGAUGAUAAUCGCAGCAUCGCCAGCUCCACCCGGUCCACACGGCGCCGUCGCGGUGCUCCGGAGUCAGCUGCCGCGGCCGACGAGGGAAAAGUAUGGGCGCAAACGUUCAGCGAUCUCGAGCGAAUGCAACAGGAAAACAAGGAGCGCAUGCACGGCUCGGUGCGCUCCGGCCGCUCCUCGCCCAGCGACGUCCCGUUCUUCCGCGCUGCGUCGACCUCCUCAUUCCGUAACUCCGUGCGACGGCGGCGAUGGCACGCGGCGUCGGGCGCCAACGGGAUGGAUGGGGCAGCGGCGGGGUCAGGCGGGGGAGGUGAGGAGGGCCCGCUCGUUACCGUGACGGACACAUCGCCGCAACCGAGUGCUGCCCACGCACCGCGCCUGAUCGCUACGGACGUCAUGGAAGCCUCCGCGGUAGCGACGACAGCAGCAGAACCUGGCAGUGCCGCAGGCGUCGGUUCGCCCUCAGAGCCUUUGAGCUUUGCGUCGACGGUGGUCGAGGAUCCGGCGAGGCAAGCCAGUACACGGUCCUAUCUUUCUGGCUUGCCAAAAUGGUUAAAAAGCCGCUCCACCGAGACCCCACAAAAGACGACGGCGCAGCCAACAACUGAGCAGGAGCUGGCACACUCAUGUGGCGGUGCAAACGAGGAAACAGAAAUUGCGGCCGGCGAAGCAGAACUGGCUUCGCAGAAUCACGACACUCAGCACAUAGAAGAAAAAGAUCACGAUCAAACACCAGUGAGUAAUUCAGAAGACAUAGCGAAGAAAGCAGGCAGUGUGUCGUCAAACGUUAGUUCGACACCGCCGUCGCUAAAAGAACGCGCUACGGGCCCUCAAGUCCAGCAAGGCGGAUCUUUUCGGUCCAGCCCCCUGUCCGGUGCUGCGUGUGAUACUACCACCACGACGAAGGCAACAGCGUCUUCCACUAGCGCUGCUCUACGGGGCCAUCAGGGCAUCUCAGCGACGUCUUCCCCUCUCAUGCAAACAUAUUUGGCACGACACACCCGAACGGCUGCGAUGGCGCAGGCAGCUCCCUCUGCGUCGACUCCGUCGAAGGCUCAGGAUUACUCCGUCGCACUUGUAGACGCCACCACAGCCGGUUCUUCAGAAGCCGACGUGGCAGAGUUGGCUGCUCCUGCGCCGAACGUGGGUGUGUCGCCGGUUUCCCUAGGGGUAAUAGAGGCAGCAGAUGAGGAAGACAGUGCACGACGCUCCGCCCCUCCACAAGCCACACCACCUCCAUCGAUUGUGCAAAAGGAAGACGAACGCCCGCGAGUGAAAGACGCGUCCGUGGCGGCGGCGGACCGCGCUCAGCUACCAGCCGCACUCGCCGUCGACAACGACGAUGAGCGCGAGAGUGAAAUGACGGAUGGGAUAGGCGGGCAGAGUACGAUGCGGACCUCCAACGCGGCCUUUGCCCCGAUGACAAUAACAACGGAGUCAACCGCGCUCGCGGCAACGACGGGGGCACACACAAACAGCGACCACACCUCCACCUCCCCUGUCCGCAGCACCAAAGCGAAGCAACCGGCCCGUGUGGCGCAGCUGGACGUAUCGGUGAACAAGCCUGUCGUUGCGCACCCCAUCCCACACUCACCGAGUCGGAGUGCAACAUUGGCAGACGAAAACGCAGUCCCCACUUCGGUGGCGAACUCCGCCUCGCGUGAGCGUCUCUCGGCUUCCAGCUCGCGCGAGGGACCCGCCCCCUCUGCGCCCCGCCCAUUCCGUCAGCGCAAGAGCAUCAGCGUCUUGUACCCCGACGCGGUGGAGCAGCCGCAACAGCACCCCACGGCGCCGGAGAAGACGCACGGCACAUCGUCCGGACACCUGCACCGAUCAACGGCGCUAUUUGAGUUGCGGCGGCAGCAGGUGCUGUUGGACCGCCAAGAGCGAGAACUCAGGGCAGCCGCGGAGGAGCGGGCGCGAGUGGGUGCGACGACGCACACGGCCAUCGCAAAGAAAAAAACGUUUGCGGCCACCACCGGCUUGCCCGAGUCGCGGGGCGCCGCCGCCGUCUUGGCCGCAACGGCGCCGACACCCGCCAAAGAAAAGUCCGUGAAACCUGUUGUGGAGCAAGAGGACAGACAGACGGUGCGACCGGCACGUCGACCGCUCUCUGCUGCUGCAUCAAGCUCAGCGGCAUCGGCAACAUCAGCAGCAACAAAGACGGCGAUGACCACUCCUUUGGCAGUAAACGGCCGCCCACGAUUUGCGAUGGUAAGCUCGACCAGCGAAAGGCGCCCAGUCGGCACAGCUUCCGUGGCCGGGGCCGCGAAUGCGUCCACCACGAUGGUGGUGUCGCCACCGCCAACAGCGGCAUCUACUUCUACGCGGACAGCUACUUCCGCGCCGCAUUACACCACGGCGGGACACUCGAUGGACAGCACACACCCCUCCACGACACCAGCGUCUUCCUCGUCUGCCGUUGCUGGACAGACACGCAAACCGGCUGCUCUCAGGACCUCACCGUCGCCCACGCGUGCCAGUGGUGCAGCACCCACGACGACAACAAGCAGCGUGGGACUCAACACGGUUGAUACGCGCGCUGGAACAUCAGCUGCGGACACAGCGGAGACGGCCGGGCCCACGACACGAGCGGAUACACCGGCGUUGAGCCCCGUUGUGACGCGUGCCCAGCUGCACUCCGCCGGAGGGUCUUCCCGGAAAGAAAUGGCGGCACCGGGCGUUGGCAUCAGCAGCGGUGGUGACGUGAGACCCGUGAAGCGGCGCUUGAGUACGAAGCUGACCACUCCGAUUACGCUGAGGACGCCGUACUCGGGGGCUUUAAAUUAUGACAAGCCAGCCAAGCCAGCUUCUCAUGAAGCGGCGAUUGUCAAGCCGUCCACCGUUAACCCGGUUCGACGGGAGAAAAACUCGUCUGUACCGGUGGUGGCGUCUGAGGCGCUGCCCGUUGUGGAAGCCGCCACUGCGGAGACCCCCGCCGCUCCACAACCAGCCUCUGAAGAGCAUCGCCCAGCACCUUUCUGCGUGGAAUGUGGGCAGCGCCACGUGGAUGACAGCGCAAAGUUCUGCGCGGCAUGCGGGCACAAGCGUGUCUUCCUCUAA